AUGGUGGGAGGCAGGUUGUCGACCAACCAAGCAGUCAGCCCGUGGGGAUUGGGGGUUAGCGACUGGUCACCGCCUGCUGUGAGGCCAGGAGACCUCCUCGUGUUCAGAUGGUUUGGAGAAACCCAUGAUGUGCAGAAGUUUGGCGACCCAGUAACCCACGGCCUCUGCAGCUUCUUCAACACGAAACAAAUAUCGCCUGCCCGCCCUGUUGGGGUGAGGACGUACAAAGUUAAGGCUAAUGACAAGGGCAGGACCCUUUACUUCUCAAGCAGCGUGGGAAGUGAUUGUGCAAAUGGGGUUAAAGUUGCCAUACGUGUAAGGUAG